AUGAAGGAAGAAGGAAAUAUGGAAGAAAAAAUUCAAGAAGGAGAAGAAAUCGAAGGAAUUAUUAGUAGAGAAAUGAAAGAUGGAUAUAUAAUUUCGUUUAAUUCAAUACUUAAAGGAAAAUUAAAUUAUAUUGAAAUAGGAGAUAAUAUUGAAGAAAUUAAUAUAAAUAAAAAAGAAUAUAAUGUUGGAGAUAAAAUAAAAGUUAAAGGAUAUUAUAGUAAAGAAAAUAUCUAUUUAAUAAAAGACAAAAAAGAAGAAAUUAAAGAAGGAGAAAUUAUUGUUGGAGAAGUUAUUGGUAAUAAUACAAAAGAAUUAAAAAUUAAAGUAUUAAUUAAAGGAAAUAGAAUAGGAUAUAUUCAUUAUUGUGAUAUAAGUAAUGUUUUUAAUCCAUUUCCAAGAGAUUAUUUACAAAAUGGAAAAUAUAUUAAUAUGUAUGUACUUUCAAAUAAACCCGAAAUUUUAUGUUCAAUGAGAAAAGAAUAUUUAAAAGAAGCUUAUGAUGAAAUAUUCCCACCAUUAAUAGGAGGAGUUCAAACACGUAUUGUAACAAAAGAUACUAUUAAAGAAGGAGAAAUUUUAACAGGAUAUAUUAUAAAAAGUAGUGAAGAAGAAGGAGUUGAUGUAAUGGUAUCAAGAGAUGUAACUAUUCAUGUAGCACCAGGAGAAUUAUUAGAUAAUACAAGUUAUCAUGGGAAAGAUUUUUCAAGAAUCUUUUGUAUUCAACGAUUAGUAAAAGUAAGUAUCAUUGAUAAAGAAGGAUUAGAAGGAACAUUAAAACAAAGUGUUAUUUAUCCAGGAAUAAUUAAAUACUUUAAAGAUAUCAAAGAAAAUAUAGUAACUAAAUGUGUUAUAGUAAAUAUUACAAGUGAAGGAUUGUUUUUAAGAUUCUUUAAUUCUAAUAUUCGAGGAUUAUGUCAUUGUAGUAAAAUAGAAGAUAAAAAAUUAACAAAGAAAGAAAUGGAAAAGAGAUUUAAAAUUAAAGAUGUCAUAAUGGCAAAAGUAGUUCAUAUUGACAAGAAGAAACAUCGAGUUAAUUUUAGUAUCAAACCAGAAGAUGUAGGAGAAGUAGAAAUGAAAGAUGAAGAAGAAACAAUAGCUAUUGAUCCAUGGAAAUUAGCAUUAAAAAGAAAAGAACAAAAAAGAAGAAAUGAAGAAAAAGAUAUUGCAAUUAAAGAAGAAAUGAAAGAUGAAGAAUUUAAAGAAGGAGUAGAAGAUGAGGCUAACAUAGAAUGGGAUGAUCCUACUAAAGAAGAAGAAAAACAUGAAAAUACUACUAUGGAAGAGGAAGAAGAAAUAGAAGAAGGUAAAGAUAAUAAUAAAGAAGAAGGAAGUAUGGAAGAAGAUAAAGAAGAAGAAAAUAUGGAAGAAGAAGAUAAAGAAGAAGGAAGUAUGGAAGAAGAAGAGGAAAGUGAAGAAAUUGUAUUAGAUUUAGAUGAAUGUCAAAAAGGAGUUGAAAAAGACCCAGAUAAUUCAAUAGAAUGGAUUAAAUUAAUGCAAUGUUUCAUUCAAAGAAAAGAAAUAGAUGAAGCAAGAAAAGUAGGAAAGACAGGAAUAGAAAGUAUCAAUUUUAGAAAAUUA